UCUAGUCGACCAAGGUCCAAACUGCCCCCCGCCCCUUCUCUCCCACCUACUGCAGAACUGCGAGUCUGCGGCUGCGACACCACAUCGCCGAGGGCCAGCCUGCCCGGGGGACGACAUGUGGGGCCUACCUCGGCGGAGGAAGAGCCCCUCCGGGUUCUCGCCGUCGUCCACGGCAGAGGAGGUCACGGCCGGCAUCGACGGCUCCGGCCUUGUCGCCAUCGUGACCGGUUACUUACUGCUUUCUCCUUCUCAUUGUGCAUCCAGUGGGAUUGGAGCUGAAACAUGCAGAGUUCUUGCACUGCGUGGCGUGCAUGUCGUUAUGGGGGUGAGGAAUCUGUCCACUGCCUCACAGGUGAGGGAGAAGAUUGUGGGACAAGUCCCCACGGCCAAGAUUGAGAUCCUUGAGCUUGACCUUAGCUCAAUGUCAUCCGUGAGAAGAUUCGUGGACAAUUUUGAUGCGCUGGACCUCCCACUGAACAUUCUUGUUAAUAAUGCAGGGAUUGCAUUUGUUCCUUUCAAGCUUUCAGAGGACGGCAUUGAGCUGCAUUUUGCAACGAAUCACCUUGGACAUUUUCUACUGACUGAUCUUUUACUUGAGAAGAUCCAUGUUACGGCUAAAGAGAGUGGCAUAGAAGGAAGGGUUGUGAUAGUUGCUUCUGACGGCUACAAGCAUUCAUAUCGAGAGGGAAUUCGUUUUGAUAAGAUCAAUGAUGAGUCUAGCUAUAACAGAAUAUCAGCUUAUGGCCACUCCAAGCUUGCAAAUAUAUUGCAUGCAAAUGAACUGUCUAGCCACUUGAAGGAACAAGACUCAAAAGUGGUCGUCAACUCCCUUCAUCCUGGAGAAGUUGUCACCAACAUUGCCCGCUAUUGGGGUUUGCUUAAUGGUCUUGUUUCCUUACUUGGUAAAUUUGUACUAAAAGGUGUUGAUCAAGGUGCAGCCACAGUGUGUUAUCUGGCAUUGCAUCCUCAGGUUGCUGGAGUCACUGGGAGUUACUUUGUGGAUUGCAAUACUGUUCAACUGAAAUCUCAUGCGACCGACAAGGAGCUCGCCAAACGACUCUGGGAUUUUAGUAUGAGCCUGCUCCGUUGAUUCAUUGGUAUAAACCAUGUGUCGUAUUAUUUCUGAAAAGAGAAGUAUGUAAAGAAACUAAAAUUGCAAUGUUAUGUCUUCACUGAUUUGUACCAAAAAUAAAAAAUUGUAAAGGGUGUGUGUACUUUUGGCAGAAAGCCUGGAUUCCAAAUGAAUGGUUACAUUGGUACAAUGUUACCCAGCUA